UUUCCUGCAGCAGCUCCAGAUCCAGAGAGUGACAUGGGGAGAACAGUAAGAAACAACGGCAAGGAAACUGAGUAAAUCUGGAUAAAUAAAAAAAUAAAAAAAAUGCGUGCGGAUAUUAACUGCAAAAACAUGGGAUAACAGUGCGCAAAUAGCGACAAGACAUCCGCGGUCACCCACAGGAACGGGAAAACACGGGUAUCCACUGGAAAAUUGGAUUGUUGAAUUUUUUCCAUUUAUGUUGCCUGGGAAUUGGGUACAAUAGAGGUUAGAACAACUGGAAGCUUGUUGUAUGGAUGACAUGGCUGUGGCUCAAACUGGAUGGAAAAAAUCUGUAAACCUUGCAAAAACCGUUUCUGACUAGAGAGCGUUUUCUAUCUUUACCUUAUUCUCUGUGGAAUGAUUGUGUAUAACACAUGACGGAAAGGAAAAUGCGCUGUGGAUUCGCAUACUGGAUGUUGAGAUGUACAAUCAAUAACUAGUGCGUGUUAGUCAAGCUACUAGCGAAAGAGAUGCUGUGUGUGGAAUUGGAGGCUAAAUCACACAACACGCACUGAAACAGCCAAGCGGACCAUCGUUGUAUAAAAAAUACCUUGCCAGGAGCGAGAGGAGUAAGUUACAUAAAAAAAACAAAAAACAAAAACCAGAUAUCUUUAUUGUUUAAUUUAUUCAUUGUGUUAAUUGAUCUAGCACAACAGAAUACACAAAUAAAUAAGAACUAGUUAUAAUAAUAAUAAUAAUAAUAAUAAUAAUCAUGGUGGAUCCAGUGGGUUUUGUUGAAGCUUGGAAGGCACAGUUUCCUGAAUCAGAACCUCACAAGAUGGAGUUCAGAUCUGUUGGGGAUAUUGAACAGGAGCUGGAACGCUGCAAAGCUUCAAUUAGGAGGCUGGAGAUGGAGGUGAACAAGGAGCGAUUCCGAAUGAUUUACCUGCAGACUCUGCUUGCCAAAGAGAAAAAGAGUUAUGACCGUCAGAGGUGGGGCUUCAGGAGAGUCUCUCAGCUGAAUGAAGCAGGGGGGCCUGAGCCGCCCAACAUCCUGGACACCCAGCAGGGACAGCAAGGGGAGCUGGACAGGAGUAAACACUACCGGGGUGUGGAGGAGAAGCUGAAACCCAGGCCGCCCCCUGUCAGGAAAUCUUCUUCCCAGAGUGAGGGGUCUGAGCCCUCCCCUGCUAUGGACCUACGCCAUCAAGGGGAGUUGGUGGAUAUGGACAGGUGUAAAUAUUACAGCGAGGACAGGUUUGAACUCGACGGCACGUCCCCUUCUAAACAGAGAGGGCCAGUGUCUGCCCGCAGGGUGCCGGGGGGCUCCGCCACCUCCGAAAAAGAACUGCCCUCAGAUUCCUCGCCCAAAGAGAAGGUGGGCAUGAGUGUGGCUGCCUUGAGGUCCAACUUCGAGAGGAUUAAAAGAGCCAACUCUCAUUCCUCCGGGGAAGGGAAAGGCGGAGGGGUGGGUGGGACGGAGAAACCCUUUUACGUCAACAUGGAGUACCACCAGGAGAAAGGACUGGUGAAAGUCAACGACAGGGACGUUUCAGACAAGAUCAGCACGCUGGGCAGCCAGGCCAUGCAGAUGGAACGGAAGAGGUCUUUGCACUCCCUGCCGGGUAACUUGGCAUCAGGGGUGGUGGAGUAUCGCAAGCCAGUCUACAGGGGGAGGUCCACAGAGAGCAGCUCGGGCUACGACGCGGAGUGUGAGGACGCUGAACUCAACCCGCGCUUCCUGAAGGAGAACCUGAUCCGCGCCAACGGGGGCAAGCAGGAUCGGCAGCAACACUGGCAGCCAUUGGACUGCCGGCCGUACACAAGCGUCUUCGUCGGGGGGGUAGUGGGGGACGGGGAAGGCAAAGGUGUCAACAUGAGGGACCACAGUGGAGACCAGGAUAAACACCUCACCUGGCCACGCAGGUCCUACUCUCCUCGCAGCUUCGAAGAUGCAGGUGGAGGGUACACGCCGGACUGCAGCUCCAAUGAGAACCUGACAUCCAGCGAGGAGGACUUCUCCUCUGGCCAGUCCAGCCACAUCUCCCCCAGCCCGACCACCUACCGCAUCUUCCGAGAAAAGAGCCGCUCUCCAUCCCAGAACUCCCAGCAGUCCUUUGACAGCAGCAGCCCUCCCACCCCCCAGUCCCAAAAGCACCACAAACAGCACGUGGUGGUCUCCGAGGCCACCAUAGUUGGGGUUCGGAAAACGGGGCAGAUCUGGCCUAACGAUGGCGACUCGACCACUUCCAGCAGGGCCUCUCAUGACAACAGUUUCCAUGGAGACCUAGAUGCCUCGUUCAGCGGGACUCCUCCCACCUACGGGUACGAUGCAGACCGCGCAGAGGAGCAGCGGCGGCUUCAUCAUGACAUGAUGCCCUACAUCGACGACUCGCCCUCUUCCUCCCCUCACCUCAGCUCCAAGAGCCGUGGCAGCAGGGACACGCUGUCUUCGGGCUCACUGGAGUCCUCCAAAUCAAGCGAGCCUGACCUGGAGAAAGGGCUGGAGAUGAGAAAGUGGGUCCUGUCAGGGAUCCUGGCCAGUGAAGAGACUUACCUCAGCCACCUGGAGGCACUGCUGCUGCCUAUGAAGCCCCUGAAAGCCGCUGCCACCACCUCCCAGCCGGUGCUGACUGUCCAGCAGGUCGAGACCAUCUUCUUCAAAGUGCCCGAGCUCUACGAGAUCCACAAGGAGUUUUACGACGGCCUUCUGCCCAGGGUGCAGCAGUGGAGCCACCACCAGGGGGUCGGCGACCUCUUCCAGAAACUGGCAAGCCAGCUCGGGGUGUACCGGGCCUUUGUGGAUAACUACGAGGUUGCCGUGGAAACCGCAGACAAGUGCUGCCAGGCCAACACACAAUUUUCUGAAAUCUCUGAGAAUCUGAAGGUCAGGACUACCAAGGACUCCAAAGACCAGACAACGAAGAAUUCACUGGAAACUCUCCUGUACAAACCUGUCGAUCGAGUCACUCGAAGCACUCUUGUAUUGCAUGAUCUGUUAAAGCACACUCCAGCCAGCCACCCGGAUUACCCCCUGCUGCAAGACGCCCUGCGCAUCUCCCAGAACUUCCUGUCCAGCAUCAAUGAGGAGAUCACACCACGCAGGCAGUCCAUGACCGUCAAGAAGGGGGAGAACCGGCAGCUUCUGAAGGAUCGUUUCAUGGUGGAGUUGGUGGAAGGCGCUCGUAAACUGCGGCAUGUCUUUCUCUUCACUGACCUGCUGCUCUGCACCAAGCUCAAGAAACAGGUUGGAGGGAAGAGUCAGCAGUAUGACUGUAAAUGGUACAUCCCGCUGUCAGACCUCACCUUCCAGAUGAUAGACGAGUCGGACUGCUCCCCCAGCAUCCCGCAGGUCCCCGAUGAGGAGAUCGACGCCAUGAAGAUCAAGAUCUCCCAGAUCAAGAAUGAGAUCCAGAGAGAGAAGCAGAGAGCUAACAAAGGCAGUAAGGUGAUCGAGAGGUUGAAAAAGAAGCUGUCCGAACAGGAGUCGCUGCUGCUGCUGAUGUCUCCCAACAUGGCUUUCAAAGUGCACAACAGGAACGGCAAGAGCUACAUGUUCCUGAUCUCUUCGGACUACGAGCGGGCAGAGUGGAGAGAGAUGAUUCGGGAGCAGCAGAAGAAAUGUUUCAAGAGCUUCUCCCUGACCUCGGUGGAGCUCCAGAUGCUGACUAACUCGUGUGUGAAGCUGCAGACGGUCCACAACAUUCCGCUGACGAUCAAUAAAGAAGAUGAUGAAUCCCCUGGACUGUAUGGGUUCCUGAAUGUAAUUGUCCACUCAGCCUCUGGACUUAAACAGAGCUUAAAUCUUUACUGCACAUUAGAAGUGGACUCCUUCGGUUAUUUUGUGAACAAGGCCAAGACGCGAGUGUACAGAGACACUACGGAACCUAACUGGAACGAGGAGUUUGAGAUUGAGUUGGAAGGCUCUCAGACCCUGCGGCUACUGUGCUAUGAGAAGUGCUACAACAAAACCAGACUCAACAAAGAGGACGGCGAGAGCACAGACAGAAUCAUGGGCAAGGGGCAGAUCCAGCUGGAUCAGCAGGCACUACAAGACAAGGACUGGCAGCGGACAGUGAUAUCGAUGAACGGGAUUGAGGUGAAGCUGUCCAUGAAGUUCACCAGUCGAGAGUUCAGUUUGAAGAGAAUGCCAUCUCGAAAACAGACCGGGGUCUUCGGGGUUAAAAUCGCCAUAGUAACCAAACGAGAGAGGUCCAAGGUGCCUUACAUUGUGCGUCAGUGCGUGGAGGAGAUCGAGCGGAGGGGCAUGGAGGAAGUGGGCAUCUACAGAGUGUCCGGAGUGGCCACCGACAUCCAGGCCUUGAAAGCUGCUUUCGACGCCAAUAACAAGGAUGUGUCCGUGAUGAUGAGCGAGAUGGAUGUCAACGCCAUCGCAGGGACCCUCAAGCUGUACUUCAGAGAGCUGCCGGAGCCCCUCUUCACUGACGACCUGUACCCCAACUUCGCCGGGGGGAUCGCUCUGUCUGACAGCGUUGCGAAGGAGAGCUGUAUGCUAAACCUGCUGCUGUCUCUACCGGAACCCAACCUUGUCACAUUCCUCUUUCUGCUGGACCAUUUGAAGAGAGUGGCUGAGAAUGAAAUCGUCAAUAAAAUGUCACUCCACAAUCUGGCCACAGUGUUCGGGCCCACGCUGCUCCGCCCCUCUGAGAAAGACAGCAAGAUUCCAGCCAAUCCCACGCAGCCAAUCACCAUGAGUGACAGCUGGUCCCUGGAGGUCAUGUCACAGGUCCAAGUCUUACUAUACUUCCUUCAGCUUGAGACCAUUCCCACUCCGGACAGCAAGCGGCAGAGCAUCCUCUUCUCCACCGAGGUCUAGCCCUGACUGAGAGCACACGGCACGCUUAAUCUGAGGAAGUGGAUCACAAUCAAGAGGCCGAAACAACUGAACUGUUGCGGAGCCUCACCAUAGCCACCACACUGCUUCAACCUGAAGAUGUUCUACAAGUGGAAAGAGACCUUGCUGUAUUUUUUGUAGAUGGAACUGGGGGACCCAAAGUUUUGUACAUUUUGUAGCCACUAGAGGGUGUUUAAUGAAACAUUCAUUAACAUGAAGGAAGAAAAGCUUAGAGAAAGCGGUGUUCAAUUCAGGUGUAUCAUAACUUGAUUCAUGUAUAGAUGGAAAUACAUUUAGAAAAUCCAAGCCUAGAAGAUAUUUUUGUUUUGUUAGAAUUUUUUUUUUAAAUCAUUAGGGUGUACGCUAGAAAAAAGAUAACAAACUUAGAAUAAACUAAACAAAUAUUCCCUGUUUAUGUUUUAGGUUUGUUUUGAGAGUCACCUAAAUGCAUAGGUGGUGGGCGGUUCCAAUACUGUAUAGUAGUCUUUUGUAGCGUGUUAGUACAAUUGCAAUGUCUUAAGUUACAAAAGUGCAUCGUACAUGGUAUAGUAUAUUUUAUACGGCCGAAGUCAUGGUCAAUCACAGUUGAUUUAAACAGAGACAUGUAUACUCUGAAGUAAUGGAGAUGCUAGUAGACUGUACUUGAAAUUCUUCAGUGAGCUGCCAAUGUCCACCUAAACAAUAAGUUGACUUAAGUAUCACAGGUAGAGUCCGGUAUUUAAGACAAACCCCCAGACCGAGCACUUUAAUUUGAAAUGGAUUUUUCUUUUAUUGCAUGCGCAGCAAUUGUCCAACAGAUGCAGCCAAUAUCUAAGUAGACUCAAAGGUAAACAAAAACACAGUAAAGGGGAAAAAGUGCCACAAUAUACUUUUUUUUUUUUUUUUUUACAGUUCUAG